AAAAACGACAACGAAGACAAUCGGAUCAAAAUGUAAAUUAUUCAAAUGAUGAUCAUGAUCAAUAUAAUAAAUCAAUAAAUGAAUCAUCAGUGCAGCUAUUUCGAUCUAAACAACGACAACCACAACAACAACAACCAACACGACAACAACAAUUAACAUUAUUUGAUGAUCAACGUUUUCGUACAAAUAGUUGGUCCGGUUUUCAUCAUCAUCAUCAUCAUCAUAAUCGACCACAACAACAACAACAACAAAAAUAUUUGGAUUAUCAUCCAUAUUCAGCAUUACAACAAUCAUCAAAUGAUUAUUGCCUUUAUUCAAUCGAUCAAAUUGUUUCUGGUCCAUUAUUAAACAAUGAUAAUGAUUAUAUAAUGAGCACAAAUAAUAAUCAUCACCAACAACCGUCUAAAAUAAAGACAAAUCGACGAAUGUCAAAUCAAUCAUUAUUAUAUCGUAAUUUGACAAUGAAUAUGGUUGCACCAAUUUCAGAUGAUAAUAGUAAUAAUAAUGAUAAUGAAAAAUCAAGACCAUUAUUGAAUGGUUCAAUACGUACGAUUCCUGAUGAUAAUGAUCAGAAUAAUAAACAUUUAGAUUCUGGUUUGAAUAUUCGAAAACAAGAAAAUCAUAAUCGCAAUCAUCAUUUACAAAGACAAUCAACAAUUUGGACAACAACCACAUUGGAUAUUAAUUCACCAUCAGCAACGGAUAAUGAUGAUAAUCAUCAACAACGACAACAACAAUCGGGUCGUCGAUUAUCAUCAUCAGCUUCAUCGAUGAUGACAAUGACAAAAUCAAAAUUAUUAUUAACAUCAAGUAUACAAUCACUGUCGACACCAUCAUCGAUUAUUCAAUCAGAUUUAUCAUUGAAAUCUGAACUUGAUAAUAAAUCUAUUAAUCAACAACAGCCACAACCAUUGCAACAAGUUUCAACAACAACAGCAACCAAAGAAUUUCGGCUAAAUAUACCUAAAGUGGCUAAUGCUUUUCAGGUUUUUAAAUAUUGGGCCAAAGGAAAUAAUGGACAUCAUAAUGGCAGAAAUAUAAUGGGUAGUCAUGAUUCAUUUUUGGAAAAAUUUGCCAUGGCACAUGGCACUGGUAAAAAUGUUGAUGAUGAUGAUGAUGAUGAUCGUCAUACAAUGAUAAAUGUUGCUGAUAAAAACAAUGAUAAUGGUGGUAAUGAUAAUUCCAAUGCUGAUAAUAAUAAUAAACAGAAUCAGAAUCGUAGAUCACGAAGACGACCAUUGCAUUAUGUUAUCGAUCCGGGUAGCCAAACCUAUUAUCAAUGGUUAUUUAUUAUGUGCAUUUCAGUUAUUUAUAAUGUGACCACAAUUAUUGGACGUUCAGUAUUUUGGCAGAUGCAAAAUAAUUAUUUAACAAUUUGGAUGAUUAUCGAUUACGUUAUUGAUGGUGUUUAUUUGAUGGACAUGUUUCUUAGUUCACGUACUGGUUAUCUGGAACAAGGUCUAUUGGUUAGAGAUUUGAAUAAAUUAUUAAUAAAUUAUAUCCAAAGUUUUCGUUUCAAAUUGGAUAUAAUAUCAUUAUUACCAACGGAUCUAAUAUUCAUAAUGACCGGUACUUAUUGUGAACCAGAAUCAUUUUAUCCAUGUGCCAUUAUUGUACGUAUUAAUCGAUUGUUCCGGUUUUAUCGUCUGACCGAAUGUUUUGAACGUACCGAAACACGUACGAAUUUUCCUCACGCAUUUCGUAUUGCUAAACUAAUAUUCUAUAUAUUAAUAUUGAUUCAUUGGAAUGCUUGUAUCUAUUUUGCUAUAUCAUAUGUAAUUGGUUUCGAUACUGAUCGUUGGGUUUAUAAUCGUCCAUCGAUUUCAUUGAUUAAUGGUACAAAUGUAACCGAUACAUUGAGACAUCAAUAUAUUUAUUGUUUCUAUUGGUCAACAUUAACAUUGACAACAAUUGGUGAAGUGCCGAUACCAGAGACGGAUUUUGAAUAUACAUUUGUUGUUAUAAAUUUUCUUAUCGGUGUAUUAAUAUUCGCCACGAUUGUCGGUAAUGUUGGUUCAAUGAUUACAAAUAUGAAUGCAGCACGUGCUGAAUUUCAAUCACAAAUGGAUUCAGUGAAACAAUAUAUGAAAUUUCGUCAUGUAUCAAAAGAUCUUGAAAAUCGUGUCAUCAAAUGGUUUGAUUAUCUAUGGACCAAUAAACAAUCGUUGGAUGAAGAUUCCGUGACGGCAAUAUUGCCAGAUAAAUUGAAAGCAGAAAUUGCUAUCAAUGUCCAUCUACAAACAUUAAGACGUGUACAAUUGUUUCAAGAUUGUGAACCUGGAUUAUUAGUUGAAUUGAUACUUAAAUUACGUUUACAAGUAUUUUCACCUGGUGAUUAUAUUUGCCGUAAAGGUGAUGUUGGUAAAGAAAUGUAUAUCGUUAAAAAAGGCAAAUUAUCCGUGGUUGGUGAUGAUGGACGUACCGUAUUCGCUACACUAACAGAUGGUUCAGUAUUUGGUGAACUAUCUAUAUUGAAUAUAAAAGGAAAUAAAACCGGUAAUCGUCGUACGGCCAACGUACGUUCAGUUGGUUAUUCGGAUUUAUUUUGUUUAUCAAAAAAUGAUCUUUGGGAAGUGUUAGAAGAUUAUCCUGAAGCAUGUAAUAUGUUGAUUGAAAAAGGUAAACAAAUUUUACGUAAAGAUAAUCUUCUGGAUGAAGAAAUAUUAAAACGUGCUGCAAUCGAAGAAGAAGAUUUUAAACUUAAAUGUCGCCGUUUAGAAAAAGAAUUGGAUUCAUUACAAUUACGUUUUGCUAGAUUGAUUGCUGAAUAUUCUGCAACACAAAAACGUCUGAAACAACGUAUUACAGCAUUAGAAAAUGAACGUAAUGAUUAUUAUUAUAAUAAAAAACAAAACCAACAUGAACAACGACGACAAUCAUCAUUACAAUUACCAUUGCAAACAUCGAAAAAAUCACCACCAUCAUCUGAUCAUGUUCGUUAUCAUAAAUUUCGACCAUAUUUUCAAUCUGUAGAAGUUGUUCAAACAUCUGAUACUAAUACACAAGCAUCAUCAUUCAUGAUCAAUCAUCAUGAUAAUGAUGAUGAUAAUGAUAAUCGAUCAAAUUCUAGUCAACAACAACAACAACAACAACAACAAAAAUCAAAAGAUAAUAUCCAAGACAAUGCCAUUAAUGAAUGUGACUGAAUGAUGAAACAAAAAAAAAAAAAAAAAUUUAAUCUCA